AUGCACUUCAAUCCUCUCCUCGCCCUCGCAUUCGCAUCCUUCUCCUCGGCGGCCGCCGUAGCGAGAGACGACAAGCUCGUCUGGACCGUCAGCGGUCUCUCCGCGACAUGCAGCAGCGACACGAGCUGCUCCUACACGUUCAGCAUCGCAGGCCCGAAGUCUGCCGGAAAGAAUGUACCUAGCUUCAAUGCCAAGUGCGCGGCCCAAAUCCCAGGAUUGGACUCUACAUACCGCCCUUGCACGCUGGGUCCGAAUUCCGACGGAAGUCCACGUCCUUCAGCCUUUGAUGCAUACUUCUUCCUCGACAAGAGCGACGCCCGCUACAAUUCGCUGUCAGUCCGCCUAAACAAGAAGACCUUUGAGAUGUUCCCAUUUGUGGACGGCUCGGCGUCGUCUGCCUAG